GUUGACCUGGAGCACGUGACAGCGCCGGGGUUUGUUGCUGUCACAGAUUUGUAAAGUGUGUAGAGCCGCGAGACAGAGCCGUCUGGAGCGCGCACGCUGAAAAGAUGGAGCUGUCGGCGGUAGGAGAGCGGGUUUUCGCCGCGGAAUCCAUCCUGAAAAGCCGCGUUAGGAAAGGUCGAAUCGAGUACCUGGUUAAAUGGAAAGGUUGGGCACUAAAACACAGCACGUGGGAACCAGAGGAGAACAUCUUGGAUGAUCGACUCAUCACAGCCUUUGAACAAAAGGAGCGGGAGCAGGAACUUUACGGCCCAAAGAAGCGUGGACCUAAACCAAAAAACUUUGUACUAAAGGCACGGGCACAGGCGGGUGAUAAACCUAGGAGUUCAAAUACCCAACGCACUCCACCUCGCGCCGCUGCAAAGCCUCCUGCCUCUUCCUCUUCUGCAAGUGCAGCUACUCCUCAGCCUUCAUCAUCCUCUUCCUACAACACUGCUCCAACCCCCAGAGUACACUCUCUCGCUGCUGCUCAUAAAUUGAAGAAAGACAUCCAUCGUUGCCAUAGGAUGUCUCGACGACCUUUGCCACGACCCGACCCCUUAGCCGACCCAACAGGAUCUACGUCGUCCUCCCGUCCUCCCAUCUCUCCGUUCUCUGAAACUGUCCGAAUCCUCAACCGCAGGGUCAAACCACGGGAGGUUAAGCGAGGACGCAUAAUCUUAAACCUGAAGGUCAUUGACAAAUCUGAAAAUGGUGGAGUAGCAAGUAGAAGGAUGACACAGUCGUAUGCGGGGCGGGCGAAAAUCCCAUCACGAAAUCGCAUCAUUGGGAAAAAGCAUGGGGACAUGCCUUAUAGGCCUUUCCAGCAUCCUAUGAAGAUGUUAGGCUUCCCGAUGUACGGCCAACCAUUUGGGCUUAACCCCUGUGGGUCAAUGUCCUCAGUGGCCAAUGAAGGAUCCAACACUGGAGUCAGUAGGAGAGGUGGAGGCUGCUGUGAUGGCCAUACCUCUGCAAAUGCGCAGAAGUUUCAAUAUCAGCCUCCACCUUCUCCAUCCAGCUCCAGUGGGUCCAACAGCAGCUCACCUUCAGCUCAGAAUCAAGCGGCUCAACCCGAAGCUCCAACUAAAUUGGACUCUGCAGCCUCAUCGUGUUCCCGAGAUGCCUCCCAACCUCACCCAAAGUCCAGCUCUCCACCAUUCCUCCCUUCCUCACCCUCCUAUUCAUCCUCCCCAUCAUCCUCUCUUGAAGAUGAAGACCAGGGUUUUCCAAAUCUCGCCGCUUCUCGUGGCAGAAAACGGAAAAUUCGACAUCGAACCCAGGUGGGUCGAGCUUCGGUCUGCCAGGUUAGUGACCGCACUACUGCCCCACUUCCUGAGGAAAACAGGGUGCCAAAAGAGGGGGAUCCCAAUUGGCACCCUGAAAUGGCACCCAGCUGUGCCAAUGUAGUCCUGACUGACGUCACUACAAACAAUUCAACAGUCACUAUCAAGGAAUUCUGCCAUUCAGGAGCUGGUUCUGAACCCUCCUCCCCUUGACAGACCACCCUGUCCCACCACAGCUGCCUCUUGAAAGUUCCCCUUAAACGUCUCCAAUUAAAAUAGCUGCCCACUAAACCCCACAAGAACUUGCCAUAAUGAUAUCCAUGCACCCUAAAAUAAUUUCCUGUAUUAAAAAUUAAAAUGUAUUUUUUUUGGUGAAAUUAAUAUCUAUUGAAGUAAUAUUUAAAGGCGGGUGCUUUCCUUGACCUGUACUUUUAAAAAAAAAAAAAAUGUUAUGAUGAUUAUGUAGUACUUCAUGCUUUUCUUCCCCCUCUUUUUUCCCCAGUGAUCCUGUCUUUCCACAGCCUUUUUUCCCCAAGUAAUUGCACCUUGUCUUGUCACCUCCAGUCCUGUAGAGACCUCCAUUCCUAUAUCUUCAGACCUAAAGCUCAGAAUCCGACCAAAGAAAUGCUGAUCUCAACAGCUUUCUUGGACUCGAGAUGUUGCACCAAGACAUUUCUAUUCUUCUGAGAUCCAUUUUCAUUGGGAUAUGAACACAGGAUGCUUUGGAAGUUCAGCCAGUGUGGAUGAAGAUCCGCUUACGCACUUGAUAGAUAACACUUAAUGUGGCAAUACGCCCAUUUAGGCAUCCAAUCCAUGCAUUGAUCUCAUCACCCUUGUCCUGUGCUAACGAAGAACCUUGCUGAUGAAGAAUUCAAGUCAUUGUGAAGCUCACUGUAUCACUUGGACAUAGACGUGACUCUAUUUAUAUGCACCAAGCUGCAAAAUCCUGAGGACAGUUAAGUUAUUUACGCCUGCUUGAAUUCCGCUCUGAUCCAGUUAUCUGCCGAGACUCUAAACUGACUCAAGUGUGAAUGCUGAAGACUGCAUCUUUAGUGUGGUACUGUAUGUUAAACCUUCCACAUACUCAACUACCCACUUGAAAUACCUUCUCAUAUUUGCCUUCUGACUACAAUAGUUUUUCACGUUAUAGUUACUGUAUUUUUUGGGGCCGUAACCAGAGGUAGUUUCUCUCAGAACUUAUUUGGAGGAGUCUGAAUACCAUUUAGAGACUUUUACACUAAGUGGGUUUUAAAAAAUACCAAAAAUAACAGAUUGCCUUGGUUGAUGAAACCCUCUUUCGCACUCUCAAAUGAUAUAGCCCAGGACCACAUGUAUUGUGUGUUAUGCUGGUUACUGCAUGCUGUUGGCCCUUGAGCUCAUCCUGUAUUGUCUGCAGGUCCGACUGGGCACUAGCAUUGACAGUACAGACCUGGGAUAAAGUUAGCUUUAGUUAGUAGAUGCUAGGGAUGUGUCAGUACUUAUAUUUUGGAAUUGGUCCAAUACUGGGUACUCAAAAGUUCUCCUAUCUGUCUGCCUGUCUGUCUAUCCAUCUAUCGAUCUAUUGGUAUUCACAAAACUGGUUUCUGUGCAUACCUAGUAGAUACACCAAUUGCUGUCGGUGUUAGAUAAACAUUAAGAGUUCAUCCAAAAAUGAGCAUUCUGUUUCCAAACUCCAAUCCAAACUUGUACAAUUUGUGGUGUGUUUGCCAGAAUGUUCCACACUAUGAAAGUGGAUGGGGACCAGAGACUAUAAAUAUCCAAAAAAAAGAAACAGUCAAAUGACUUGUGCGCUGUAUUUCAAGAUGUAUAAAGCCAUUCAAAUGCCAACUGUGAGGAUUGGGCUCAAAAAAGUUGGCUUGACAGCCUUGGCCACCAUUCACUUUCAUUGUGAGGAAACGAGUAGCUUGAACAAUCUGACGAAUAACUUCUUUUAUGUUUUACUGAAGAAACGUUUCAGAAUGCAUGAAACUUAGCACAUGAGAACAGUUUUGCAUGAACGUAAUAUUUAACAUUUUUACUGAAAGCAAAACGGUUUAGUUGGUACAUGGCAUAAUUUUAUUUAUUUAGAAUUUGUUAAAAAUAAGCUGUGGGAUGCUUUUCGCCUAGGCUUUUUUUGGACAGUCCAGCAAGCAAUAUUACAACCUGACACAUCAUGCCUGAAGAAACAGGCUAACACACAGUUUAUGGCAGCUAACCUGGUUGUACUGAAGGAUGAUAAAAUGUCAGACUCCACCGGAGGACAAAGGCAAACCUCAUUAUAAGAUUUAAUUAUAGAACACAAUUAAGUUCCACUUGUAGUGAUACAGUCAUCCUCUAAUGGAGCAUUAUUACUCUAUCACUGUGCCUUUAGGGAGAAAUGAAGACAUUUAUAUGUUUUUUUAAAGCGUUUCCUCAAAUUAUUUACAAAUAUUGAUCAUUUUUAGAAAUCUUCUCCUAUUUUGUGUGUAUAUUAUAACUUUCUUUUAAUAACCUUUUAGUUUAACGGCUUCCAAACCUCAAUGUGAACUUAUCUACCCUAACACUUAUUUUCUUUUUCAAAGUUUUUAAAAGCUUUUUUGUUUAUCAUAGUCGUACGUUUAUCCCAGGUCUGAAAUAAUUCAUGUUCUGAACGUAUCCCUGGUGCUGCCCCACGUAGGGUGCCACAUGUGGUGCAUCUGUACAAUAAUAUCUAAAAUUGACGCAUGUGUUGCCUUUAGCUGCUCCUUUUGAUCCCACGAUGUUGUUACCUUUGCCUACAGUACAAAUUGUUCCACAUACAAACAGUCAAGUCCUUGUUUACCUUUAUAUCCUCAAUGUUAGAAAAAAAUAGAUGUCACUAUGGUGUGAAACGAUGCAAAUGGUUUCUCCUAAAGAGGUAGCUUAGCACUAUAAAAAUAUGUGGCCUACAUUUCAUGCAAUAGGGCUUGUAAUUUAUAGGAUGUAGCCACCAGGGACCAUCACUGCACAGACAAGAAGAGAUUAUGUUUAUAAGGUAAGGAUGAAGGUAUACUGGAGGUUACAUCCUCAAAUUUCAGUGUCUGGUGUGUUUUUUUUUGUUCAUUUUAUGAAUUAUUACUUUUACAGUGCCGUAGAAACGAAUGAUAUGUGCUGCCUUUAUUUUAUAGCCAUUGUUGUUCAAUUUUAAUAGUCUACGACAGAACUAAGUGUGAUUUAUACGAGUCAUUUCUUUGGUAAUGUGUCAGGUUAAUGCCAUUGAUAAAGCUGAUUAUGAUAAUGAACUUGUUGUUAUGACAUUGUAAUGUAAUGGAGCAUGAUUCGAGAACCCUAAUUGUACAGGUCAUUUAAAUGUCAUUAUGUGUUUGUUGCUUUGUGUGUUUCUUGAAAGAAGCUUUUAAUAAAAUCACUUUAAAGACA